UAGAAUGAUUCUUCCAUUUUCCCUUCCUUAUUCGACGUCGCCCACUUUUUCCCCUUCUCAUUUUUUCCCCCCUCCCCUCUUUUUUGGGUUCUCCGAAAACCAUUUCCGAACUCGAGGGAACUCGACUUCCGCUUCUUUCUCUCCUUUUCUCUACCGAAGUCGAAUUCGAGAUGAGCCAAAGGGAGCUCCUCGGAAUCGAGCCCCUGGAGCUCAGAUUCCCUUUCGAAUUAAAGAAGCAGAUCUCAUGCUCUCUACAGCUAUCCAACAAAACCGAUGAGUAUGUCGCGUUUAAGGUGAAAACGACGAGCCCGAAGAAGUAUUGUGUCAGGCCUAAUUCGGGGAUCAUCCCACCGCGAUCCACAUGUGACGUUAUUGUUAUAAUGCAAGCGCAAAAGGAAGCUCCUCCUGACAUGCAGUGCAAGGAUAAAUUUCUCGUUCAGAGUGUAAUUGUAAAUGAUGGGGCGACGGCGAAAGAGGUUACUGCUGAAAUGUUUGCGAAAGAGUCUGGUAAUUUAGUGAAUGAGGUAAAGUUGAGAGUUUUGUAUGUGCCACCGCCUCAGCCACCAUCUCCCGUACCUGAAGAAUCUGAAGAGGGUUCAUCACCUCGGCCUUCUGUUUCGGAUAACGGGAAUUGGAGUGCAGCAGAAUUGUCAUCGGUACCAAGAGGUCAUGCUGAAAAUGAAGAAAAAGAUCCUGAGUCCAAGGCACUGAUUUCAAGAUUGAUCGAGGAAAAGAAUUCUGCUAUUCAGCAGAACAACAAGCUUCGGCAGGAACUGGAUAUUCUGAGGCGAGAAGUCAGCAAGCAAAGUGGCGGUUUCUCGCUCAUAUUCGUGGUGAUUGUCGCCUUGUUGGGACUCCUCCUGGGUUACCUUGUGAAAUCAUAAUCAUGCUAACCUAGUUAGGUGUUCCUCAUGAGGUUCGUGGGCCUUUUUAUUGUUAAUCAGCAAAUUCUAUAGUGUUUACUUCGGUUUAUGAGUUAUUCCACUAACUUUGCCCGUAAUUUGUAUUAUAUGUUACUUGUUUGAAGGCCCAGCCUAUUUUAACCUGCUGCUAUUUAAUAGUGGCCACAUCUUUUGCUUUGUUAAGCUAUGAGAAUAACAUUAGAGAAACUGUUAUUUGUGUGUAAUUGUGAUACGAUGCUGUUAUUGAUCCUGUAGAACCCCUCGCCUAUUUACUCUCUUUUUUAUGCCUGCGAGCUUUGUCGAAUAGGAUGGGAGUUGAAAAGGUUUGAGAUGUGAUUUAUUCUCUGUUUUUGCAA